CGUCGCCUGGUCCUCGUUUUAUGAACGGGAUUUUUGAGAAUGGCAAAGUUGGGCUCGCGGUUCCAAGGCAGCUCAAGGAGGCUUUUGAGGCGCCUGAGGGAAACGAGCAGACCGGUUUUUUCCCCUCCUUGGGGUUACUUCUGAGGAAACGGCGCUGCAAAUUGAAUCCGAAGAGUCGCUUCCUCAGGCUAGGAUCAUCCUGAAUAAUGUGAACUAAAAUGAGCAAACGGAAGUUGAAGGAAGAUAGCUUUACAAAUGGGGAAUGCAUUUCAAAGGUACAAAAAAUAUUACGCGAAAGAUUCUGUCACCUGAAUACAAAUGGAAAAUUAUUUGGACUUGAGCAUCAAUAUAAACAGUUACUUGAGCUGAUAAAACAUACUGCCAUUAAUGGUGAAAGCAAUUCUGUACUUAUUAUUGGACCACGAGGGUCAGGAAAGACUCUGUUAGUUUGUCAUGUCUUAAAAAAACUUUUGGAAAUGAAGGAGGUAAAAGAGAACGUCUUGCAGGUACAUUUAAAUGGGUUAUUACAGACCAAUGGUAGAAUUGCUUUAAAGGAGAUUACAAGACAGCUAAAUUUGGAGAAUGUGGUUGGAGAUAAAGUUUUUGGUAGUUUUGCAGAAAAUCUUGCAUUUCUUCUGGAAGCAUUAAAGAGAGGAGAUCGUGACCACAGUUGCCCUGUUUUGUUCAUUCUAGAUGAGUUUGAUUUGUUUGUCCAUCAUAAGAACCAAACAUUACUAUAUAAUCUUUUUGAUAUAUCACAAUCUGCACAGACGCCUAUAGCUGUUAUUGGUCUGACUUGUAGGCUGGAUAUUCUAGAACUCAUGGAGAAAAGAGUAAAGUCAAGAUUUUCCCACCGGCAAAUAUACUUAAUGAAUUCCUAUGAUUUUAAAACAUAUUUGAAUAUUUGUAAAGAACAGUUAUCCCUUCCUCCAGAAUUUCCAGAAAAGUCCUUUAUCCAGAAGUGGAAUAGACACAUACAGUCUCUUCUAGAAGACAUAAAAAUUCAAGAUGUUCUACAAAAUCAAUUUUAUUAUAAUAAAGACCUGCGGUGUCUGUUCAUGUUGCUGAUGCUUGCUUCAAAUAAUAUAACUGCGUCCCACCCUUAUAUUCGCGCGUCUGACUUCCUGGAAGCCAGUAAACUCUGCAGAAUGGACACAAAAGCAAAUAUUGUGCAUGGUCUGUCUGUGCUGGAAUUGUGCCUCAUAAUAGCUAUGAAACAUUUAAAUGAUACUUAUGAAGGAGAACCAUUUAAUUUUCAGAUGGUUUAUCAUGAGUAUCAGAAGUUUGUACAGAGGAAAGCGCAUACUAUGUAUAAUUUUGAGAAGCCUGUUGUCAUGAAGGCCUUUGAACGCUUGCAGCAUCUUGAAUUGAUAAAACCCGUAGAAGGCCCAUCUAAUUCUGUACAAAAAGAAUAUUUGCUAAUGAAACUGCUCCUGGACAACAGCCAAGUUAUGGAAGCUUUGCAGGUGUAUCCAAACUGUCCAACGGAUGUCAAACAAUGGGCUACAACUUCAGUCCAUUGAUUAUAUAUUUCAUAAGUUUGAGUUGCAUUGAAGUUAACCAGUCUUCAAAACCAGCAAUACCAUUUGAAAAAAAAUAUUGAUAUUAUAGACAUUUGUCUUCAGCUGUUACGGAACUUGCUUAAAUAAUUGGGGGGGGACGGGUUCCUCUUCAUUUUAAAUAAAGUAAAAUUUUCCAAGAAGUAUAUUAUUUGGACCAAGAUUAGAAAUUACCAUAUUAAAAUGUUUUCAUAUAUCAAAUGAAAAUAAUCUUCAUUUUAGUUUGUUUUAAUUUUUCUGAAUACUAGUAUCUAUUGCCCAAAAUGUUUGAAAAGAAACAAGCGAAUAAAAUUGUCACUAAAGUA